CUGUGUAAUCCAUUGCAUUGGCAGGCGACUCAAUCCACAGGUUAAUAAACUAGCAUGCUAGCUAGUCUCUUGUAAAAAAGGUGGGUCGCUUGAAAACUACAUAAUUCCACGUAUUUCGUUGAAUUGGCAGAAGACAAGUGACGAAUAUUAUGAAGAAUACAUCACUUUGAAAGCUGUGCUCGUCGACAAAAAAGCUAACCAGGUCAAGAUCGGUCCUUUUUUCCAACAAAUUGAAUUCCCAGUGAGGUGUUUUUCUAAGCUCCAUGGACACCUUGGAUAGUAGGAGUGAGCCCCGAUAUUCUGAAGGCGAUCACAACCACUGGCUGAUGGAGAAACCGGAAGACCUGGAUCAGAGGAGUCGGGAAGGGUGGCGGCUGGUAGAUGUCCUGCUCUCCGGGGGUGCUCCAUGGGGAUUCACUCUCAAAGGAGGCAGAGAACACCAAGAACCACUGCUCAUCACCAAGGUGGAGGAGGGCAGCAAGGCAGCAGCGGUCAGCCUCCAGGUUGGAGACGAGAUGGUGAACAUCAACCAGGUUCCUCUGAGCGGUUACAGGCAGGAAGCCAUCUGUCUGGUCAAGGGGUCAUACAAGACCCUCAAUCUGGUUGUCAAGAGGAAUAUGACAAUGGUGGAUUUAGUAGCUACUGGACAAAUGCCCUCUGAGACUGAUGUCCAUGUGGCCAGGAGCUUUCUCAACAAGAUAUUACGGAGUUCCAUGAGGAGGAAUGAAUCCGUAAGCAGGCCUCACUCCUGGCACGCCACCAAGUUCAACGAGAGCCAAUCGGAGACUGCCAAAACUCAGUCUCCGCCCCUGCCAGUCUGGCAGACCAGAUAUGAUGCAAGCUCCUCCUCUACCAACCUCUCCUCAUCCGGCUGGGACCAGAACCAGACUAACCUACGGCGAGUAUCAGACCAGUUCAGCUCUCUGGGCAGCAUGGACAGUCUAGACGUCUCCCACCACCCCUACCCACCUGGUCACCUGUCCCCAGGACGCCUCUCCCCGGUCAAGUCCAACACCAGCACGGAGCACCUGGGAGGGGGCAAGAGGGACUCGGCAUACAGCUCCUUUUCCACCAACUCUGGUACCCCAGACUACACCCUCUCCAAGACACCAGACUACAACCUCCCUAAGAGCAAUGCUGCCUCCACAGAGAACAUGCUCUAUGAGGUGAGCCAGUGGGAAUCAGGGGGCCGGCCCAGUAACGACAGACACAGCCUGAGUAGUGAGGCUGUCAGGCAGGACGAGAGGCCAGGGUACCUGCAGCUGGCUGUGGGACAUGGGGCCAGCAUGGGCCGGGACAGCCCCAGGACAGAGGAGCAGUCAGGGCCAGGUUUUUCCCACUCCUUCAGCUCUGCCAGGGCUAGCUGCGGGCCCGUCUGGCACGUUCCUGACAAGAAGAAGACCUCUGAUCCUUCUCCUCCCCCUCCGCCCGUACGCAGUGACAGUUUUGCUGCUACGAAGUCCCAUGAGAAGGUUCUGGUUAUAGCCUGUCCAGAGGGACCUGGUGCUCACACCCAGCCCAAGGCCCAUGGUAAAGCACUGGACAAAGGAAUGGACAACAUAGUCCCUCCUUACAUUUCACCAAAGAACUGUCAUCAGAACCAGGUGAACUGUAACAAGCUGUGCUCUCUAUCCAGUAGUGAUGUCAGGCAGGGCCAGCCCCCCCCUACCUACCUGCCCUGCCACCAGAGACAGUACAGUAAUGAGAGCUCUCUCUACUCUCACCCCAGGACUUGGUCUGUCCCCAAACAGCAGAACGUUAGCGGCUGCUACAGCAGUAUGCAGGAGCUCCCCACCAACUACAAUACCCAGAACACCCAGCUCUACAGCCAGACCACCAACUACAAUACCCAGAACACCCAGCUCUACAGCCAGACCCCAGACAGCACUGAAGACAGCUGGUACUACUGUGUGACGGCCAGACAGCCUGGUCAACCGGUCACCCAGGCCUUGCUGGUCAAGACUGAUGAAAGGAAGGGUGGAGGGGGCAGAGAGGAGGGUGUGGAGGGUUGCGGUGAAAGGAGGAGUGCAGUGAGCAUCGUACAGGGUGGAAGAGAUAAGAAGUCACUCACUCCCCUUGGGUCAGGGGUUACCAAGGCUAAGUACCAGCCACUUCAACCCCUCAACAACAAGGACAGUAAGGGAUACAGCAGACAGGAUGACGGCUCCCGCCACAAACAGCCAGCUACCAUUUGUCCCUCUGCUGUACUGGACACCUCUACAGGCCAGCCCAGCCUGAAGAGAAACAACAGUCCGAAUGCAGAGCCCCACUAUAUGAGUUACCCCCCUAGAAGACAGUCUCUACAGCCUCUUCAGCAGGACACCAUACACCAUCAAGAGAUGCUGCCAGACAGUCAGAUCUGCCCUCAGACCACCAGCGGCCUCAGCAACUCAGGCCUCGUACCCAGAGACUGUUCCACUGGGGAGACUGUAGAUCUCUCCAGUAACCAGUGCACCAUGACCGACCGAUUCGCCACCACCCUGAGGAAUGAGAUCCAGAUGAGACGAGCCCAGCUGCAGAAGAGUAAGAGCGCUGCCUCCCUGAGUGGACCCUGUGAAGCGGAGGAGGACCAUGAGGUGCCAGAGGUCUGGAGGCCCAAAGACACCACCUCUUCUUCAGAUGGCUCCUCCACCUCCACCUAUAAGGAUCAUCUGAAGGAGGCGCAGGCCCGCGUGCUGAAGGCCACCUCCUUUAGAAGGAGAGACCUCGAGCCUGUCCUUCUGGAGCACCCUGGGUCCGAGGCAGGGUCCCCGCCGGACUACUCCUCCUCUGGUCUGGGGAGGAGCGACAACUCUAACCCCCUGUCCAACCUCUCUGAGGGCCUCCCAGCCAGGUCUGGCUCUGCCCAGAGUCAGGUGACCCGUAUCGGAAGCAGGAAGCGUUUCACCAUGGAGAAGAAGGUCCGGUGUUUCUCUGAGCCAGACAAAAUCAAUGAGGUGGGGGUGGAGGAGGACCUGACCCCCACUGAGGCUGCAGGCGCCUUGCUGAACCGACACUCCACCGCCAGACCUGCUUUCACCAGACCCCUCCCUAAAACUGCCCUGCCAGGCCCUGUAGAGGACUGUGGAGAGGGCAAACAGAUAGCCAGGGGUGAUUGUGACAUGUCCAGCGGCAGGAAGGAACAGAGAGAGUGUCAGGGACAGGACCACAGACAGCAGGCCCUUCUGGAGCUGCAGAGACUGGGGACUUUUGCUGAGUACGAGACCACCUGGAACACCCAGAAGAAAGCAGCUGAGACCAGAGGCUCAGGACGCUCCCAGUCUGCUGAUAACAUCCUGGAUCCUGGAGGAGAUGACAGGACCAAACCAGCCCCAGUCCACGAGAGGUCCCGAUCCUCACCCUCCACUGACUUCUAUGACAAGAGCCACGUUCCAGGGAGGAAGUCAGCAGAAUAUUCCCAACUGGAGAGCCAACCUACCCAACAGGACAACAACACCACUGCGAGGUUGUCUGACAGAUGUCGUGUUGGAGAAUUCAGAGGAACAGUGAAGAGAGAGAAGGCUCUGGAACCUCUGGAGCUGAAAGACUUCCCAGAACCCCCUCUACCCGUGACUAACGAGGAGAGCCCUGACAUCAGAUCCACCGCUGCCCUCUACGACCCCCUCCCUGUAACGUCUGCCCCUUGCCCUGCCUACCACAGAGCCACAUCCAUCUCUUACCAGUCCCUGGAAACUGACCUCCUUCCCUCAGAUGAGUCCUACACUGAGCCUCAGACCUCAAUACCCCAGCUUUACACCCAGCUCCAGCCUGGCACCAGGAGGACGGGUCCGGUCUCCCCACCCAGACAAGACCAUUCAAAAUAUCCACAGAACACCCACUCCCAGGAGUCUCUGUCUGGCUCUCAGGGCAGAGCUUCAGCCUCCCACGUCCCGGUCUCCUCCCACUUUGCCUCUGGUCCCACCCACUCCCCAAGGGGGGAUUCUGAGCAGAGCAGAGGAUUGGUGGAGAGGGAGCAGGAGGCGGUACACCAGGUAGUGCCAUCCAAUCCCGGUUCAGCCCUUCCUGCCCUGCCCAGUAUGGAGUGCCAUCGUUCUCCCUCUCCUCAGUUUGCUCCUCCUCAGCUGACAGACAAGCCUCCUGUCUCUCUCCAGCAGCAUCAUGACAACCCUGUCUCUCUCUCCGUCUGUCUGCACUAUGACCAAAACAACAGGAUGGAGAAUGUGAUGGAGCCAACCACUGUGAGGAAGGUUCCUAUAAAGAUUGUUCACUCAGAGAGCGAGAAGGAGAAGGAGAGCCGGCAGUACCUGCUACGUCAAAGUCACUCCACAGUGGAAGAAGCCCAGGGGCCCGGUCUGGUCCCCCUCAGCAGCCUGGGGACCUCAGCGGCCCCGGAACAGUCCUACUCUCUGUUCUGUGCCUACAGCCGGCAGAGGGAGCAGGGGUCAGAGAGAGAGAAGACACUGGCUCCACCCAGCAACCCAGCGCCAGAACUGCCUACACCCCUACCCCCAUACCAAACCCCAACCCCUGAGAUGGAUCUGGAGCAACACAGAGACACACACAUGGGUCCUCUCAGGGUCCACAACAGCCAAAUGGCAGUCCUGGCCACAUCCCCACCCAGCCGGCAGACCACCUCGGACCCAGACCCCCCCAGCGGUAACUGCGUGUCCCUUCCCGUCUCUCUCCCCCACUCUGAGGAGGAUGUGAAGAGAGAGCAGCUGGCCAGAGACAUCAUGAAUAAGGACCAGUCCCUAGCCGACAUCUUGGACAAGAGCCGGAGGAGGACCACCAUGGACCUGAUGGAGGGACUCUUCCCCCAGGGAGAAGUGCUGCUGGAGGGGAAGGAGAGGAGGAAGGUGUCCCCCAAACACUCCUCACAACGGCCUUCAGAGGACAGGGGUGAGGGGGACAGCGUAGCGGCAGCGGUUGCUUUGGUGACCAGCUCCACCUACUACAGCACGUCGGCACCAAAGGCGGAGCUUCUGAUCAAGCUAAAAGACAUGCAGGAGAGGGAGGGGCUAGAGGAGGAGCUGGAGGAGGAGUCAGCGGAUGAGUUGGACCACGACCUGGCCAAUAAAAAGCAGGAGCUGGUGGACUCUCUCAGCAGGAAGCUGCAGGUGCUGCGUGAGGCCAGAGAGAGUCUUCAGGAGGACGUCCAUGAUAACAACGCCCUAGGAGAGGAGGUGGAGGCCACGGUGCAGCAGGUCUGUAAGCCAAACCAGCUGGACAAGUUCAGGAUGUUCAUAGGAGACCUGGACAAGGUGGUCAGCCUGCUGCUGUCCCUGUCCGGACGCCUGGCCAGAGUGGAGAACGCCCUCAACAGCCUGGAGGAGGGUACAUCACCUGAGGAGAGGAGAACCCUGACAGACAAGAGGAAGCUGUUGAUCCAGCAGCAUGAGGAUGCCAAGGAGCUGAAGGAGAACCUGGACCGUCGGGAGAGAGUGGUCUACAACAUCCUGGCCUCCUACCUCCCAGAGGAGAGCCUGACCGACUACCAACACUUUGUCAAGAUGAAGUCUGCCCUCAUUAUUGAGCAGCGCAAACUAGAGGACAAGAUUAAACUGGGAGAGGAGCAGCUGAAGUGUCUGAUGGACAGCCUGCCGCUAGAGCAGAGGAUGAGCCUGUAACCUCUGACCCCUGGAUCAGAGAAUGGCCCUGUGAGGGCGACACUGGGAUCCAAACGCACAUGACUUCUCAAACUGUGUAUGAUGGACCUGACCACUCUGGCCUCACUGCAGUGGAACCCUAUGGCCACUAAAGGGCAGCAGAGAGGAGCAGCAGUACCCCAACAGAUGGCAGCAAAGAGCAGAGCUCCAGACUGGAGGAGUUGUAAUGUUUAGCUGACGUUUCCUCCUCAGUAUCUCAACACUGACCUGAAUCUAAUGGAGCCCCACCAGAACACAUGGCAGAUCAUAUAUUUACACUAAAUAAAGGUUAAAUAAAUAAACAAAUAAUAAUAAAAAAUAAACGCAACAUGAAA